AUGAUUGAUGUUUAUGUGAAAUGUGGGUGCAUUGGUUACGCUCGCCAAUUGUUUGAUGUAAUGUUGUACAGAGAUGUGGUUUCAUUGACGCUGAUGAUUGCUGGAUAUAUUUAUGAGAGACAUGUUAGAGUGGCUUUUGAUUUGUUCAACAAGAUGAGGAUGGAAUUGGAACCAAAUUCGGUUACUCUUAUUGUAAUGUUGCAGCCAUGUUGUGCUUCCACAACAUUGAACAUGGGAACUCAAAUUCAUGGGUAUGCAGUGAAGAGUGGAUUACUAAUGGAUUGGACAGUGAAAAAUUCAGUUUUGAGAAUGUAUGCUAAUAAAGGGAGCGCUGAAGAAGUUGAACUUUUAUUUUGUGAAAUGAACAGAAUGGAUGUGGCUUCCUGGAAUAUUUUAAUUUCCUUUUAUUCCUCGGAAGGAGACACGAUGAGAGUGGCUGGUUUGUUCAACGAAAUGAAGAGCCUAGAAGUGCAUUUGUGGAACAUUGAGACCUUAACGCUAGUUAUAUCAGCAUUUGCAAAGUCUGGUAGUCUUUCUGAAGGUGAAGGAAUGCACUGCUUAGUCAUAAAAUCAGGGUCUUCUGAUGAUGUUUUGCUGACUUCUCUUCUUGACUUUUAUGCCAAGUGUGGGAAAUUGGAAAUAUCAGUUCAACUGUUAAGAGAAAUUCAUUUUAAAAGUAACAUCACUUGGGGUGCUAUGAUGUCAGGUUUCAUUCAAAAUGGUUCAUUUAUGGAGGCCAUAGUUUUAUUCCAACAAAUGCAAGCUGAAAAUCUUGAUAUUGUCCCUGAAAUUUGGAGAAAUCUACUUGAUGUAUAUGCGAACCUGGGAGUUCUGAAAUUGGGCAAAAUGGUCCAUGGUUAUCUUAUAAAGAACUUGUUCAAUGGACCUGUAGAAGGUACUGUACAACUGGAGACUUCUAUCUUAAACAUGUACAUAAGAGGUGGUAGCAUGUCUUCUGCUAGAGCAUGUUUUGAUAGGAUGCCUGUCAAAGAUGUUGUAGCAUGGACAACAAUGAUUGAGGGACUUGGCUCCCAUGGUUUUGGUUUUGAAUCCCUUACGUAUUUUAGUUUAAUGAUGGAACAAAAAGUGCAGCCGAACACCGUCACCUUCUUGAGCUUACUUUCUGCUUGUAGCCACUCUGGUCUUGUCAGUGAAGGCUGCAAUAUUUACUAUUCUAUGAAAUGGGGUUUUGGUAUUGAACCAGCUUUGGAUCACCAUACUUGCAUUGUGGAUCUUUUUGGUCGAUGCGGAAUGCUUAAAGAGGCCUUAGCCAUAAUAUUGAAAAUGAUAAUUCUACCUGAUAGCAAGAUUUGGGGUGCUCUUCUAUCAGCUUCCAGAGUUUAUGGAAAUAAAAAAUUUGGAGAAUAUGCAGCACAAAGACUUUUGGAACUAGAACCUGAUAAUGCAGGAUACUAUACUCUUUUGAGUAAUGUAAAAGCAAGUGUUGGAAGAUGGAAUGAGGUUGAAGAAUUAAGGAGAGUUAUGAGUAAAAUGGAUCUCAAGAAGAAACCAGGGUGGAGCUGCAUUGAGGUAAAAGGGGUCAUCCAUGGAUUUCUUUCUGGAGAUAUAUCACACCCUGAAGCAGAGGAGAUUUAUGAGGCAUUGGGUAGAUUGAGUAGAGUAACACAGGAUUUUGGAUAA